AUGGUGCUAGACUUUGAUGUGAAGACUUUUUGCCAAAAUCUCCGAGCAACAAAACCUCCAUAUGAGUGUCCGGUUAAGACUUGCAGAAAAAUCUAUAAAAGCUUUUCUGGGAUUCAGUUUCACAUGUACAAUCACAACCAUGACUGCCCCGACUCCCCAGACACAGGGGCAGCGGCCAGCCCUUCAGGAGGAGGUAGGAAGCCUGGCAAACGUAAACAGAAAAACUGGCACCCUCGCCAGGCCAGACGGUCACCAACACCACCAGAAUUUAUUGGUUCACCUCAGAGAGAGACUCUUAGCUAUGCCGAGUCCCAGCGGCUGGUGGAGAUUGACUUAGAUGGUUGCCUGAGGAGAAUCGACAUCUUCCAACCCAUGGAGAUUAUUUCUCAGGAUGAGAUUGAGAAUCAUGACAACACCGAGAAGGAGGAGAAUGCAGAAAAGAGUCCGUCUGGUCGACCUGUUCGUCAUCUGGAAAGUAAAAACCGUAAAGAACCUCUGGCAGUUGGUAGCCUGCCUCCGGACAUCAACCCAAACAAACUACCGGAGCCUAAUGUCAAAGUACUUUCAGACUAUGUUAAGCCUAAUAAGGCUUCUCCAAGGCCAUCUGCCUAUUACAGGUACAUAGAGAAGUCUGUGGAAGAACUGGACGAGGAGAUAGAAUACGAUAUGGAUGAGGAGGACCACUCGUGGCUGGAGCUAGUCAAUGACAAGCGUACCAGUGAAGGAUUAGCUGCAGUAGCCCAGGAUACCUUUGAGCUGAUCAUGGACCGCUUCGAAAAGGAAGCCUUCUUCCAGAGCCAGCACACGGGAAAGGAGCAGGGCCCUUCCAUGGAUGAUGACGCAGUGUGCAGCAUCUGUAUGGACGGAGAAUGCCAGAACAGCAACAUGAUUCUCUUUUGUGACAUGUGUAAUCUGGCUGUGCAUCAGGAGUGCUAUGGGGUGCCAUAUAUCCCAGAGGGCCAGUGGUUGUGCCGCCGCUGCUUGCAGUCCCCGUCCCGUGCUGUAGAUUGUUGCCUGUGUCCUAAUAAAGGAGGCGCGUUCAAACAAACUGACGACGGCAGGUGGGCCCAUGUAGUUUGUGCUCUAUGGAUUCCGGAGGUAGGUUUUGCCAACACAGUGUUCUUAGAGCCUAUUGACUGUUUGCAGCGGAUUCCCCCUGCACGUCGGAAGCUGACUUGUUACAUUUGUAAGCAGAGGGGAGCCGGUGCCUGCAUCCAGUGCCACAAGACCAACUGUUACACAGCAUUUCAUGUCACCUGUGCUCAGCAGGCAGGCUUGUUCAUGAAGAUUGAAGCUGUCAAAGAACCUGGUCCCAAUGGGAUAUCAGUUGGUGUCAGGAAGACUGCAUUCUGUGAUGUUCAUGCAGAACCUUGUGCUGAUAAUUCAAUGUUUCCUGACGAGGACAAGAAGAAGGGCUCCAAGGAGGAAGCCCGAGAAUUGGCCAAGAUCAACAUGAGGAAGGCUAGAAAAAUCCUGGCUCAGAAGCGAAAUGCUAUACCCAACGUGUCCAUUCCAGUCAUUCCUGAACAAAGGGUGAGCAAAAUAGCAUCAUUGAUCAAUAUUCCAAAGAAAGAUGAGUUCAUGCGAGCCCUAAUGAGCUACUGGACGUUGAAACGGCAGUCCAGAUUUGGAGUGCCCUUACUGAGGAGGUUACAGUCGAGCCACAUGAGUCGCCACAGAGAUUUGUCCAGAAACGAUAAACACAGCCUGGAGAUGAGGGAAAAACUGAAGUAUUGGCAGCGCCUGAGACAAGAUCUAGAGAAGGCCAGGUUACUGGUGGAGCUCAUUCGCAAACGGGAAAAGCUGAAACGAGAGUUGGUUCGAGUCUACCAGCUGUCCCUGGAGUACAAGCUGCAACCGUUCAUCAUGUUACAGCGACACACUCUUAACUUACUGCAGGAGAAGGAUGCUGAAGAGAUUUUUGCAGAUCCUGUCUCAGAGGAAGAGGCUCCAGACUACAGGGACAUCAUUAAGCACCCCAUGUGCUUCUCCAUCAUGAGGAACAAGGUGGACACGCACCAUUAUAAAACCAUGGAGGCAUUUGAGGCGGACUUCAAGCUGAUCAUUCACAAUUGUUGUAUGUACAACGCCAGGGACACAGUCUUCUACAGAGAGGCCAUGCUGCUCAAGGAAGAGCAUAUGGAUGCCAGAUCCAUUAAGGACCCACCUGCAGUUCUAUGCCAGAUCCUUUUAGGACCCACCAGCAGAUGGAUGCUAGGCAUGGAACCCGAUGUGGUGUAUAAUGAUGCAAAAUUCCUGAAAAAAAUUAGGGCAGAAGUUGCAAGUGUCAAGAGAAAACUAGCCUUGCCUGAGAAGAAACACGAUGGUAAGAAGGCCAAAAAGAAUGCUGCGAUUGUGAAAGAGAAUGGGAAAGAUGAGGGCACACCUGUGAAGGAAUCUAAAACCAAGACUGAGAAGACCACAAAAGAUAAUGGUAGUUCCGAGGAUGAGCCGGAGCUGAACCCACCCUCUCCACCCAAACCAUCGAAGGGCCGCCAGAAUCGCUCACCAUCCAGGUCACCAUUGAGGACCUCCACCCCCGCUACAGAUCGGAAAUCUUCUCGACGGGGUGGAAGGGGAAGAGGGCGAGGAAGAGGUGGUGGGGGCAGGGCGACAGCAACACCUUCAGAUAUGGCAGAGACUCCAGCUAAAUCAGGAGACAAGAGCACUAAAGGUGCUGAUAAAAUGGAACCAAAUUCUCCCCAGCUGGAGAGGACAGAAUGCAAAGAAAGUGCUGGGAGGAAUAAUAAUGCUCACACUCCUUCUCCUGCGGGAGUCAAUCGUAGGACAGCAGUCUUGUUCAACAGCAAGAAGGGUCGGAGUACCCCGGUGCCUACAAAGCCCUCCUCCUCUACCUCAUCGGCAUCCUCCAAUGCAUCAUCUGUGUCUAAUGCCCCUGCUGCCAAGAAAACAGCAAGCAGGGGAGCUAAAACCAGACAGCAGGAGCAGCAGCAGCUGCAGGUGAAAACAGCAGAAAGUCUGGACUCUCACCCGGUCACUGAUGCUCAACCUGCCAACACACGGGUCCCAGCCAGUCCUGCAGUACGCAAACGCUCAUCCAGUGCUGCGGUACCACCGAGCGAACCUGCAGAUUCAUCUGGGCAACCGUCUCCUGCCAAAAGAGCACUGAUAACUUCGACAUCCAGCACAAAUGAACUCCCGCCAGCCACCUCAACCCACGUGGGAGGCCCUGACAUUACAGAAAGUUUUAAAGCUUAUAGAGUUCGUGGCAACAUUCGCAGCAGCUCGGAGUCAGACACCACUGAUGAGUUAAGUAGUGGGGACGAGUCUCUGACGGAGCCUAGCUCUGACACCUCUAGCAACCAUAGCCCAUCCGACCGUACCCAUACCACCAGCCUCAGAGAGGGUCCAGAGGGUUCGGAUCUGGCCGAGAGCACUGAGGGCAUCUCACCUGCCACGUCACCUAUAUCCUCAGGACGCAACCGGCGAAGUCCCAGUGCCGACUCUGGAGACAUGAUCACACUGGAGCCGCUAGAUCUGGUCUGGGCCAAGUGUCGCGGCUAUCCCUGGUACCCGGCCUUGAUCAUCAACCCCAAGAUGCCCAAGACCGGCUACUUCCACAACGGGGUCCCGAUCCCCGUGCCCCCGGACGAGGUGCUGGAGCUGCAGAACAAAUACUCAGAGUCUGUCUAUCUCGUGUUGUUCUUCGACACAAAAAGGACUUGGCAGUGGCUGCCCCGCAGCAAAUUAGAGCCACUCGGAGUCAACUCUGACCUGGACAAGUCCAAGCUGAUGGAGAACAAGAAGCCUAAUGUCCGAAAUGCUGUCAAAAAAGCCUACGAAAAGGCGAUCGUUCAUAGAUGUCGCGUCAGAGGGGACCCAAACCCUCUUUCUGAUGACUCCAGCUCUGACAAUAACCCAUAG